UCGCAGUCAGUGAGCCUCGGGCCGCCGCAACACCUGUAGCAGGCGCGCGCGCCUCCUGCACUCUCUCUCUCUCUAUCUAUUUAUCUAUCCAUUCAUCCAUCCAUUCAUCCAUCCAUCCAUCCAUCUCUCUCUCUCUUCUAUACCUAUACGUACCUACAAAGACAGCUCCGAGCGUUUUGGCAAAGCCGAGUGCGAACUCGUCGUCGUCAAGCGCAGCUUCGUUCGCCGAUCCGAGAGAGAUCGAUCGCGCGAGUUCGGUGUUUUUAGUGCGACGCGCGAGGGACUAUAGGAUCGAUCGCGAGUGAACUAGUAUUUCACCUGGAUUGGGAUUACUGUGCGGCGUGUAUUAUCGUUACAGCUGGAUAAUUUCCGAUAGUUAUACAACGCGACUAUACCUGCAGUUGCUGAUGCAGUGAUCUCUCAUCCAGCUACAGCGCUGAGAGCAGCAGCCAUCGCUGUACGAGGGAAAAAUCUCAUCCCGGCCGAGAAGAGUAGCAGCCGAGGUGAUAGUAUGUUCCCGCGAGCAUGAUGCUGCACCGUAGCACGUCGUCGCGGCGCAGGCGGGCGUCGCGCAGCGUCACGAAUCCGUCUCAGUCGUCGGCAGGUCAGCAAGGACAACCGGCGCCUCGAAGUAGACGGGCAUCGGUCGCCUCGACCGAACCCGCCUCGGAGGCGCUUCUCGGAAUACAAAGCACUGGUGGCUUACUCGCCGGUAUGCAGGGUAUGGACAGGCAAAGGUCGCCGAGGGGUAGCUGCGUACCCAACAUUGCGCUCGACACCGAGGACGAGACGCAGGAGGAGACGUUCAACCGCCGCCUCCUACCAGAUCCAGAACACUGCGGCGCGUCUCGCCUGAGUCUCGCCCCGGAGGCAAAUCGAAGCUCUCGCAACUCUCUCGUCCCGGACGACUACGCAGUGAGCCGUUCACCCCGUGGUUCUCUCAUCCCGGACACCUCAGGUCGUUCUCCACGCAACAGCCUGAUACCAGGUGACCUGCCCACAACAGUUCGACCUCAACGCAGUCCCAGACAUUCGCUGAUCCCGGACAGCGCGCUCAGUCCACGCAACUCGUUGGUACCACUGGACGUCGGGUACAGUCGAAGUCCGAGGGGUAGCCUGGUGCCAGGAUCCGCCGCAGCUGGAGGUGGUUCCAGGGUGUCGUUGAUGCCCGAAAAUGGAUCGAGGAGUCCCAGGCACUCGCUUGUACCAGCCGAAGCUAUGUCUAGGAGUCCCAGGGGUAGCGUGGCUAAUAUUGACUUCGACAGGAGCCCGAGGGGCUCUAUUUGCCCGGACACUGCGAGGUCGCCGCGCGGGAGUAUUACACCGCUUGAUAUGCACAUAGAUAAAAAGGAACGAAGUCCUCGUGGCUCGAUAGUCUCAGAAUGCAUAAAUCAGAGUCCGAGAGGUUCCAUCGUUCCCGAGUUGGUGAACCGAUCUCCACGUGGUUCCAUAGCACCAGACCCCUCGCGCUCUCCCAGAGGCUCUAUCUGCCCCGAGAGUAACAGAUCGCCCCGAGGGUCCAUAGCUCCGGGUCACGAGCUCAACAGGUCACCUCGGGGCAGUAUCGGUAUGCCCGGUGCCGGUGAACAUCGUGGUUCUCUUGGUGGUGCCGAGGACGAGCCGUCGAGGAGUCCUCGAGGAAGUAUCGGUCCUGGGUCCGACCUAGACAGAAGUCCUCGGGGGAGUCUUGCUGGACAGGAGCAUAGGAGAAUCACGAGGAACACCGGAUUCGCUGUGCAGGAUCCUAGGAGAGCUUCUGCUGAUCAAGGUACAGCGAAGAAUCGAAGCACUUCGCCGUAUCGUCAGCGCGGAGAGAACUCGGGAAGCGUUCGAUCGGGCGGAACAACCGCAGCUCCGACAGCAGCAGCUCAAGUGAACCUCGGCUAUGGAACGACCAAUUCCUGGGGCGACUCGUCGAGGCGAGCCAGUAGCUCCGUGUCACAGUUUUCAGGCGACGAGUCGCGACGGCUGUGCGCCGGCAAUACGAGCAUCGCGGAGAAAGGUGGCUCCGGCUCGUGUGGUGGUCCCAUGGGCGUAGCCGCCUACGGUUCUCUCGUCUUCCAGCUGAAGGACGCGCACCUCGAGGCCAACGGCACCUGCGACUUUGUGUUCCGUGCCCUGAGGGUCGUCAGCAAGACCAUGAUCGUCACCAUUUUUCUCGCCUUCCUCUCCACGAUGCCUAUAUUCAUGUUGAUACUCGGUGUGCAGUACAUCAGGGAUUGCCCGAGAGGUCCGAACAUCCCGGUGUACAUGGUAGUGGGCGGCACACUGGGCGGCAUACGAAUGUUCUGGACCCUCUACUCGCAGAUACGAUCGAGACGACCGGAGGUGCUGACCGUGCCGAGCUCUAGGUCGCACAUAUCCUUCAAAAAGCUCGUCUCCGUAGCCCUCUCGUGCUUCCUCGUCGGCUGGUUCGUCCUUGGUAACUACUGGAUACUCAGUAUACGAUGGCCCGACUACGCUCCCACCCUCUUCGAGCCCAACCAAUGGUGUCACAAAACCCUGUACAUAUUCUCCUUGGCUCACCUCUUCAUUGUCUACGUGGUCAUCUUUGCCGGUCUCAUAACCGGCCUGGGUCUAUUGUUCUGCAGGAUUUUAGCAUGUCCUUGGCCAGAGAGGUACAAAUAACCAAGACAUUCCAUGCGCCAGAGAGAGUUUCGCGAGUCGUCGAAAUCGACCUUAUCAGUCGGUGGUGCGAGCGCUCGCCGCCACGACAAAGCCGCGGGGGCGUUCGAGGGCCAGAUUCUCGAGGAGGUGGACGAGGAGGAGGAAAUUGAGAACGAGGAGGAGAACGAUCCAGGCGAGUCAACACCGGCUCUCGAGGCUCUGAGGCUCGCCUGUGCCGAGGCUCAACAGCAGCAGCAGCAGCAACAGCAACAGCAGCAACUCGUGGCUGAGAGCAAGUACUCGAGCAUGGUGCAGUUUCGCGCCCCCGACAUUAUCGAGCUCUGAUCGAUGACUCCGCUGCUCGUGCUUCACUGAGAACGGAAUGUAGCGAUGCUCUUUGGGUAUAUCAUCUUGAUUUUCUUCGCCGAGACGCGCGCAUGCGAGUUGAGCAAUUUUAGAUUUUAGGGGGCUGCGAGCACAUUCCGCCUGCUUUACCGAUCGAGUCGAAAGUAGCUUGGUUUAUCGAAAAUUUGAGUAUACUCGAUGGAUUAUCUUCAGCGAUCGCAACCCCUUAAGAGAUAUAUUUAAGUCGAUUCAAUAGCCAGGGGCUUUGCAGGCAAAAGCUUUCAUUUCGCCAUUUCGUUAGACAUUCGAAAGGUUCGGCCGUAGUCGCAAUUACGUUGAUGGAAGGUAUAUAUAUAUACACUCGUUUCUCGGCGAGUUCGCCGUUCGAGGGAAAAAGGAUAUCGAGGACUGUAUACGUUUUUGUUUCUCUCCUCCUCCGAGUUUUUACGUGCGCUCGCGAUUGUUUUGCGGACCGUAGGAUGGAUUGGCGGAGCGUUCCUUGGCGCGUGGGACGUCAACGAUGUUUUAGGGGGAGAGCGUUGCCGUGAAGGGGGGGGGGGGUGCGCCGCACACGAGAUGAUACGUUUUCUUUCGCUCGAGCCCGAGUUUUUCCCUGGCUGUGAGGUGACCUCCGCAAGGUCGAUGCGACAGUUAUUCGUUCGUUGCUUCGCUGUUAUAUUCUUGUUGACGUUCCGAGGUGAGCCGUGUGUACGUGUGAUUAUAUACGCGCGCGGGGCGUUAUUAGCGAUGAUGAUGUUUCUCGCGCGCGCGCGCGCGCGAUGAUUACCUUGAUUGGAAAUUAUAUCACCACGCGCCGUACCCGGAGGAAACAAAGUAAUUAAUUACACUACACGUCCAUGAAUAUUUUCUCGUCCGGAUCGCCGAGGCAUUAAAUGUUCGAUGUCUGUGUUAGAUAAAGACCGGUUAUUUAAUUGAUCGUCGCUAACGACAGGGCCUUUUUACACAUUUACAGCGCGUAUACGCCGUGUACCGGAGUCUUGCUUUGAUGUGUGGACUUUCCACGCAGACCAUCGAUUACCACCUCGUCAAAUAAUUAAUAACACACGAAGCGAAAAGCGAAAGCUGUCGUGAGAGCCGAUGCUCGGGAAAAAGUUGAUGUGAAAUUUUAAUGGAAUUGGGUACAUAGAAAACCGGAAAAUUGUUUCAUCGCAUAAACAACAACAAAAAGCCGUAACCCACACUCCGGGCAUCAUUUGUCUCUGAAAUUGUUUCAAACUUUGAAAUAUGGUCCUGCUAGUUUGAUGCUCCAAUAGACGCAAUGGUAAUUUAUUACACUUUUACAAAGUUGCGCGAUCGACAAGCUUCGCUCGCGAAUUACUCAGCGAAAAAUCCAUAAAAUCCUUCACGCGUUAUACACAUCGAUCGAGCAAAUAAAGCUUCCGGCGUUCCAAUUAAAUUUCAACGCACACACACGCCUGGAAUAAAAUAAGCGAAAGGAAACGUGUCAGCAGCUCCGCACAUCCUCUCCCUAUCUUUCUUUCUCUUCGUCGUCUUUUUCCUCUCUCUUUUUCUCUUUCUCAAGCCGCUGAAUUUUUAUAGUCGAGAGAUUCGUGUGUGGCGCUCGCUCGAGAGAAAACCGCCCACGCGUACGCCGUCUACGUGUAUAGAUAAUUCAAAGACACACACAAAGCUUCGUCAUGAUUUUUUUACUCGAUAAGAAACAAUUGUACGCGUCUCGGCCGAGCAUUAUUCCAGCCGAUGGCAUUAAAAUAUAUACGGCAUUAUGCGUUUUCCUUUUAGUCGUACUUUUCAUGAAUUGCAUAGAUCGAUCGCGUGCGCGUCGCGCCAAGUGAAUAUGCAACACAGUGAAAACACACCGCGACCCGCAAAGUUCGCGGGCUGAAAAUAUUCCCGAAUCGAUAUUUUACAGAGUUAGAGCAGCGCCUGCAGAGACGGUUGUGAGAAAUGCUCCUAGCUAUAUACGCCCUGUGUAUAUGUUUUUCGCGUUUCCAUAUGUAUAUAUAUAUAGGUACGUACGUGCACGUGCGCAGAUCGCAACAGCUGUUAACGCUCCUAUAACUUAUGAUAUAGAUAUAAGGAUAGAACGUAGCGAGUAAGCUUCUCGACACACGAGCUUUUUCAUCUUCGUCGCGCGAGGCACAUAGUAUGUAUAGAAUACACGCAAUGUAUAAAAUCGAUUGAGCAAAGAGCCGCGAGUAAUGACAUGCAAACGUCGCUGUCGAGUGGAUUGACUUCUUUCUUCAUCGUUUUCUCAGCGAUGGACGUGGAAAAGUUGGUGAGCCUUUUGUCUGUUCACUCCUGUGUUAUCUAGGCGAUUUUCGAGAUAAGAAAGACAUACUAUGUAGACGACAUCGAUUUCUUUGACUAUGAGCAAUGUCGCCCGAGGUUGAUAAAAUACAAUGAAUUAUGUUGCAAUGAACAAUUUCGCUGUAGGCUACUACGCUAAUUUUCUCGAUAUACUUUUUUUACCCACCUCGAAGAAGAAGAAGAAGAUGAAGAAGAUAUUACGAGCUAACGAGACACAUAAAACUAGAAGUAUAUAACAUAUAUAAAAUGCGAGAGUGUACAGGAUCGACGACGCAACAAAGACUACUUUUUUCUAUACCGAGAGCGCGGGGGUGAAGAGGUUUGUCCCUAGAUAUACAUAAUUAGCGCGUAUUCGCGAACAAAGUGUCAAUUAUAUAUUAUAUACAUAAUAUACAUACGUUAAUCAAAUAAUCAUCAUUGAAAAGAAAAUAUAUAACAGAGUAUGUAUAAUUAUAACGCAUAUUAGAUAUACCGCAGUGUUACGUCAUGCUACACAUAUACAUACGAUUAAGCUGUAGAGAGAUAUCGACACGUUUUCAGUAGGGACCUGAGCAAUCCGUCUUUAGAACGAAAUGUACUCGUCAAAAAAACCUGCACGCAAAAAUAAUCCCUUGCGAUCCUGCGGCGAUGAUUUUCUCAUUAAAAAAAUAAUCAGAGGUCUAGUUUCGAAGCAAGAUAACCAAUUCCGUUUAUUCAAAUACAUAUUUUCGCCUCAUAAUGAAAUCGUCCUUUAAAAUUGAGGUCGCGCCGCCGCGUCCCUUGUGCUGGCUUUUUCCUUCUCUCCUCUAUGUAUACCGGUAUCGCGCAAAAGACAGGUCAAUUGCUCGCGAGGGGGGGGGGGGGUAGUAGAAAAAGGAAUCUCGGCAAAUCCAUAUGGCUCCUAUGCGUGGAUUUAUAUUAGCAGGCUUGAACGCAUACAUUCUAUACGGACGAAGCGUUAUUUUUUGCGACUACUAGUAUACAAAAAAUCAAGGAUCUUUUGAAUGAUUAAUUUGGUGGCAGAACCGAGAACAGGAUAAUUUCAAUUAAAACGUCUCGCGCAGCAGUGAACACGAACCCAGUGGCUCGAACAAAGAAAAACGGCGGCUCGCACGAUCCAUCACUCAAACUAAAAGAGGCGCAAUUCCCGAAAUUGCCGGCGCUUGGCGCCGUAACAGCCGAGCAAUUCGCAAGGUCCAUUACUUUGAGUGAAGUGCGUAUACCUCUCAACGUCGAGCGGCUGUAUAGAGUACAGGAUCGCAUGGGAUGUGUACGUGUGUAUGUACAUGUGUGUGUGUGUAUCGAUUCCGCCGAAAAUAGGCGUAGUGUGUAGAGCACAGGCACAGCUUUUCAUUAAUCCGGUAUCCCGUCUGCGGCUAUUCCGCGAAAUCGAAAACAGAAAACGAACGCGACCUAAAAAAAAGCUAGAGAAAAGAAAAAAAACAACAUACGGCGUCUUUCACGAAUAGUCUUGUAAGAAUGUGGGUAAUAACUACUGAUUUAUUCGCCAUGUCACUUUAUAUUUUGACAUUUGCAACUGCGCAGUGGUUCGAAAACGGGUCCAUAACGUUAAUAAUUAUAAAAGCGUAUAUAUACAGGUGGCGCGCGCGACGUCGGUCAUAAAUCAGGCGACAAAAUCUUCGAAUCUUCUUCGUUUUUCGAUGAUUUCGUCGCCGACGUGGCAACGCGCCCGUGUAUCGAAUGGGCACGCUCGCGAGUUGUACAUAAAAUGGCGCGAGUGCACGAAAUGGCGGACGCGCGAUCCAAGAUGGCGCGGGCGCCUCUUGCGAUUAGACAUAUAUAUUUAGACACGUGAGGUUAUAAUGUGUAAAAUUCCGUGUAUAGCGAUGCUUUGCCAGCGAAUCGUUGCUCGCGAUGUUUGGAAGUUUUUCAGCUGUAUACCAUCAGCGUCGUGAUAAUGGAAGUUUUGAUAAAAGUGUGUACACGUGGAUGUUUUUCACCGAAAACUUUUAAUGGCUUUCGCGAAAAAAACUUUACGAAUGUUUGCACUUACCGGAGGAAAAAGGCAUUUUUUUGAUAGAUGGCCGGACGAUAAACCGAUUGCCAACAUUGCGAACUGAAAAUCUAUAUAUAUAUAUAUACGUAUAACGAAACAUUUCAUCGGGAAAAAGAGAGACAGUCAUGUCGGUCUGCCAAAAUUGAGCUCCGAUUUCAAACCGCGGAAAUUCAAUUACGAAGGCCGCCGCCAUUCUGAUCGAUCGUUCGAUUGCGGACGAGUUUUUAUUUCCUCUUCGUUCCACGUCUGCUGCUGCAAGUUCGCGUAAAGAUAAAAUGUUGUUGCUGCGUUUAUAAAAUAUUUUAUUGUACCCAAUAUGCAUUGCGCGCACUAUCCAAAGGGCACAUCAGAAUUUUAUUUUUAAAACCCAAGCUGGCGCAUUAAAAUUUAUGCUCUGUUUGGCAUCGCGGUGGCGGCAUUUAUUUAAAAAAAAAUCCUGUACACGAGAAUAAUUGAAUUUAAUUAACACGCUUUCGGCUGAAAAAAUUCACGACAUCGAUGCAACGAUCGCAUCACGCGAGGCACAACGAAAUUUAGAAACAUGUUAUACGAGUAUAAAAUGUGAAGAAAUUUAACGAUAGGAUACAUUGCGGCACUGAGAGAAAAUAAGUGCCGAGAUCGAAAAUGAAAUAGAUCACCUGGAAGCAGCGGUAUAUAAAAUAAGCUCGUUGAUGAUAAAAAUGAAUUCCCACAAUUCAUAUAUAAAUGGAAACAAUGACGUGGGUAUACGAAUUCGCAUGUCCUAUUUUCAUAUCGAUUCCACUAUUCUCAUGCAGACAAGCUUCUAAAUAACAGUAUACGCCAGACGUAUAUAUCGAUUGCUUGUUAAACAGAUAAGACUGUAUACGUAUAGUAUACGUGUAUACAUCGUUGCAGAGGAUAUAUGGAGAUUGGUUUGUUGAAAGAUUAUGAGGGAAGUAAACUGUUUCAUGGAGCCUUUAAAAAAUUACGAUAUCUCUUCAAACUUAAGUGUGACAAUUCGCGUCGGGACAUUUUUGUGAGAACAUCGGUACAACUUCAGCGUGUACUUUCUGUUGAAAAGAUCUUACGACUUGUAUAUGUGCUAUAUCUUUGGUAAACUUUUUAAUUACAAAUCGAACCGAUGAAAAAACAUUUUACGAGCAUUGCUCCAGUUGAACCGAUUUUCAAACACGGAAUUAAAAGUUUCAUUUAGACAAUUAUUUUCUCUCAAUGCGCGCAAAGUGUAGAAUCUAAUCGGAUGUAACUAAUUAUAAUAAAUUACUGUGCGAAUCUAGUGAAAAUUAGGUGCUGUCGUAAUGUAACUGAGAUAUUUAUUUAACACGAUUAUAUAGUAACGCAGUGCAAUUAUUCUAUUUUCUGGGUGGUAGGAGUGUAUUUUUUCAAGAUUAUCUUAUAUGAUCACGUGUGUAUGUAUACAUUAAAAUAAAUUAACUCGCGUUACACAGUUUGAAAAUUAAUCACAAAAUAUAUCAUAAUGUUGUUUAGAUAUCCAUACUCUAUAAGAAUAAUAUGUAAGGGAAUACAAUAUUACUAACUUAUGUUAUAAGGUAUGAAUUAUAAUUAAAAAACGGGUUAACAUUCAGAAGAUAUAAACAAAUUUACGAACGAAUAGUUUUUUAGUUACAAGAAGGUUGUAAUUGUUUAUAUCGAAGUAGUUCAUGGCUUCUAAGAAAUAUUGUAGGUAUAUAGUAGAUAAACACUAAUAAAGUUUGAUAAAACUUUUUGAUUAUAAAGAAUCGGUAAUAACUACAAUGACAUUUAUACAUAUAAAUAAUGGUAGGUAUGCACGUGGAGAUAACAUAAAUAUAUACCAAAUUUCAGUGAUUUUAUUUCGUACAAACAAAAAACUGUCAAGCUUUUGAAUCGAUCUACUAUAUAUAAUAUGACGGAUAUUAUAGACAAGUUUCAAAAUUCCAUGCAUUUAUAUUUAUAUAAUUGUGAUAUAAUAUUAUACAUUAAGAUAAUGUAAAAAACCAUGUAUCGUAGAUUAAAUAUAUUAUUAAUUAAGGUAGUUGUUCGCGUUGAAUCGCGAAUAUUGUGGUCCAGGCUUUAAAAACUGUAGAUUUAGAAGAAAAAAAAUAAGCAUCUUGCAAAUGAUGCAAGGAUGAACACCAUUUUUCUCGUGACAUUAGCGAGAAGAAAAUUUCUUCUUUUCUACGUCAUUUACCUAUUUAAUGGCAAGGAAUUUCUCGGUCUCUUCUGCACUGCAAAGGUUCUAAACGAGAAAAAGCUUUUUAAUUCAAAUAUGUCGUCGUUUAUCUUCCGCGCUAAGAAAAUCUCAAAGUUUUCUCAUAAGUCGAGCUUUCUCUUAUUGUUUUAAAGAGUAAGUCCUUCUCCAAAAGUGCAUAAGUAUAUUUUUUUACUUUUAAAUUUAUCAGACGUUUCAAGUAUUGUUAUUAUGUAUACGUUUAGAUAAGGUUGUUAAUCUUCAGUUUUUUAUUUCAACUGAAAUUCUGUCUGUGAUGAUAUCUUUUCGUUAGCGCAAAUAUUCUAAUAUAACCUGCUUCUUUUCCAAGCAACCUGCCUUCUUGAAAUUACUGUCAUCUGCGGCUUAAAAUGUAUAAAGUUAGAAGAGUAUAAUGUAUAAUAUAAAAAAUAAUAAUAAAAAACCACUUAUUCAAAAGGACGGAUAGGAUCUUUAAUACGCGACUUUCAUUACACGCGCUGCACCAAACAAACUAAAUGUAACGAGAUCGAAUGAUUUUUACGAUUGUAUACAUUUUAACGACUUACUGUAUCGAAGCAACGUUUUCGAUUGAAAUAUUUCCAGCGCAAAAAUCAAAGUGCCAAUUUUGUGGCCAGAAAUUGUUUGCUUCCAGGUUAUUAUUACAUGUAUUAUUUAGCGACAUAUAAUUCAACUGACUUACAUGCAAUGGAAUAUGACACAAAUUUUCGUUUCUGUCGCAGUCAAAGUGUUUAACGUAUGUGAAUUUAUUAAAAUCUACUACAUAUAUAUUCGUAUUUGUAGCUAUGUAUGUAUAGAUUUGUACAUUAUACAGUUUUAUAAUAUUUUCGUAUCAUAGUUCUAUACACUUUCGUACAGUACGUAAAGUGUAGCGCAAAAGUUCAAUCACUAGGUAUAUUUUCAUUAAUUUUUUACUUUCCCUUUAUUACGAAAUUCGUAUUUUUAGCAAAUUCACUAAUAUAUAGACGUCGGAACAUUUGCGUACAAAAACACUAAUCGAAAAAUACCGCGAGGGUCCAAGUGUGCUCAACGUCGAGGAAAUUUUCUAAAAAAAGUUUGUUAAAUAAUCUGCUUUAAGUUUUUUUAAAUAUAUAUCUAACAGUACAUUUUUUGUAAAUAACGAUACACCUAUUCAAAGAAUCCUGCAUCUAUUGUUGCUUCCGUGUGACAUAUAACGUCCGGUCAUAAUAGGGAAUAAUAGCAAAGUAUCUUUUUUAUAACGACGACAGAAGAAAAGUAUCUAUAUAGUCUUGUGCAAGCAUGAAUUGUAACAAAAAAGGUAUAUACUAUAAGCUUCGUCUAGUACUCUAUGCAAAUCGUUCCUUCCACUUUACGACUAUACUGAAACACUCAAAUUUUGCAGUUACAUCAUUGUAAAAUCGCGUAUAGUCCCAAUACCUGCGUCUGUAUAAAAACAACGUGAUUCUUGAGAAAAAAAAUUAGAUUCGUAUAUACCUAUACAAUAUAUUUAGAAACGUAAUAUAACGAUGUAAACGUGUGCGCGAGAGUAAGAGAGCGAGCUGUUUAUUGUACAUAUAUAAAAGAAGUUUAAUGUAAAAUCAGAGCUAUAAACUUAUGUAUCAUGUAAAUAUAAUACGUAUAUAACCGUUUACCAUUAAAUUAUAUAUCAACGUUGCAUUAUUGAGAUGAAUAAAGAUGAUAUAUUGAAAAGUA